GAACGCGGCAGCAGCAGUCGGCUCAGCUCUCCAUUUCAGUCCGGUCUGUUGUGUUCAUCGCCCCUCUGCCACUCUGACCUUUUUACAACCGUUCCUAAAAAAAAAUGGGAACGUUUUGAUUUAACCCCUGGCAUCGGCGAUACACACAGCUCUUCACCCAUCAUUUGGACCUAGAAUAUAUUAAUCCAUACCGCUGCUGUGCGUCUCUGUGCCGAAGACAAGAAACGGUGAAGACACUACAUGUCCCAGAAAACCCUGUGAGAGCCGGCUACUUCUUUCUCUUGUCCGUGUUUCCUCUCUCCCUCCGUCCGGUUGGUUGGAUGAGUCCCAAACAGCGACAGAACUGUGAGCAGUGAUUGGGCGCUGAGCCAGACCGGGUAGCCAACGGAGCCAGGCUAACCAUCAUGGCGGACGUGGACCCAGACACGCUGCUGGAGUGGCUGCAGAUGGGGCAGGGCGACGAGCGCGACAUGCAGCUCAUCGCCCUGGAGCAGCUCUGCAUGCUGCUGCUCAUGUCUGACAACGUGGACCGCUGCUUCGAGACCUGUCCCCCGCGGACCUUCCUCCCGGCGCUCUGUAAGAUCUUCCUGGACGAGAGUGCUCCAGAUAACGUGCUGGAGGUCACGGCCCGGGCCAUCACCUACUACCUGGACGUGUCGGCCGAGUGCACCCGCAGGAUCGUCGGCGUGGACGGGGCCAUCAAGGCGCUGUGCAACCGGCUGGUGGUGGUGGAGCUCAACAACCGGACCAGCAGAGACCUCGCCGAGCAGUGUGUCAAGGUGCUGGAGCUGAUCUGUACCAGGGAGUCUGGCGCCGUGUUCGAGGCUGGUGGUCUGAACUGCGUGCUGAGCUUCAUCCGAGACAGUGGCCACCUGGUUCACAAAGACACGCUGCACUCGGCCAUGGCCGUGGUGUCCCGGCUCUGCAGCAAGAUGGAGCCGCAGGACUCGUCUCUGGAGACCUGCGUCGAGUCUCUGUCCAGCCUCCUCAAACAUGAAGACCACCAGGUAUCAGACGGUGCUCUGCGCUGCUUCGCCUCAUUGGCCGACAGAUUCACCCGCCGCGGCGUGGACCCCGCCCCUUUAGCCAAACACGGGCUGACGGAGGAGCUGCUGUCGCGCAUGGCGGCCGCCGGCGGCACCGUGUCCGGCCCGGCCUCUUCCUGUAAGCCCGGACGGACCUCGACGGGCGCCGCCCCCUCGGCGCCGGACUCCAAACUGAGCAACCAGGUGUCGACCAUCGUGAGCCUGCUGUCCACGCUGUGUAGAGGCUCGCCGCUCGUCACGCACGACUUGUUGCGUUCGGCGCUGCCCGACUCGAUGGAGUCGGCCCUGGGCGGAGACGAGCGCUGCGUGCUGGACACCAUGCGUCUGGUGGACCUGCUGCUCGUGCUCCUGUUCGAGGGACGCAAGGCGCUGCCCAAAUCCACGGCGGGGUCGACCGGUCGGAUCCCCGGCCUGCGGCGCCUCGACAGCUCAGGGGAGAGAUCCCACCGACAGCUCAUCGACUGUAUCCGCAGCAAGGACACGGACGCUCUGAUCGACGCCAUAGACACUGGAGCUUUCGAGGUGAACUUCAUGGACGAUGUUGGACAGACGCUUCUCAACUGGGCCUCAGCUUUUGGCACACAGGAAAUGGUGGAGUUUCUAUGUGAGAGGGGGGCAGACGUCAACAGAGGUCAAAGGUCAUCUUCACUACACUACGCUGCCUGUUUCGGACGCCCACAAGUAGCAAAGACUCUGUUGCGUCACGGAGCUAACCCUGACCUGAGAGACGAGGAUGGGAAAACUCCUCUGGACAAGGCCAGGGAGCGAGGACACAGCGAAGUGGUGGCUAUACUGCAGUCCCCCGGGGACUGGAUGUGUCCGGUGAACAAGGGCGACGACAAGAAGAAGAAAGAUGCCAACAAGGAGGAGGAGGAGGGCAGUGAGCCCAAAGGAGACCCAGAAAUGGCUCCAAUCUACCUGAGGAGACUGCUGCCUGUUUUUGCACAAACCUUUCAGCAAACCAUGCUGCCUUCUAUUAGGAAAGCCAGUCUGGCUCUGAUCAGGAAGAUGGUUCACUACAGCAGCGAAGUCCUGCUGAAGGAAGUCUGUGACAGCGAGACUGGACACAACCUCCCCACGGUGCUGGUGGAGAUCACCGCUACCGUCCUGGACCAGGAGGACGAUGACGACGGCCACCUCCUGGCUCUGCAGAUCAUCAGAGAUCUGGUGGAUAAAGGCGGAGACGUUUUCCUCGACCAGCUGGCUCGGCUGGGAGUCAUCAACAAGGUGUCCACUCUGGCUGGACCGGCAUCCGACGACGAGAACGAAGACGAAACCAAACCUGAGAAGGAGGAGGAGGCGCAGGAGGACGCCAGGGAGAUCCAGCAGGGGAAGCCCUACCACUGGAAGGACUGGUCCAUCAUCAGAGGGAGGGACUGUCUCUACAUCUGGUCCGACGCCGCAGCGCUCGAACUCUCUAACGGCUCCAACGGCUGGUUCCGCUUCAUCCUGGACGGGAAGCUGGCCACCAUGUACUCCAGCGGGAGUCCAGAGGGGGGGUCGGACAGCUCCGAGUCUCGCAGCGAGUUCCUGGAGAAGCUGCAGCGAGCGAGGAGUCAGGUGAAGCCGGUGACAGUCAGCCAGCCCAUCCUGUCCAGCGUGGGUCCCACCAAGCUGACGGUGGGGAACUGGUCCCUGACCUGCCUGAAGGACGGAGAGAUCGCCAUCCACAACUCGGACGGGCAGCAGGCCACCAUCCUGAAGGAAGACCUGCCGGGCUUCGUCUUCGAGUCCAACAGAGGAACCAAACACUCGUUCACUGCCGAGACUUCGCUGGGCUCUGAGUUUGUGACGGGCUGGACGGGGAAGCGAGGCAGGAAGCUGAAGUCGAAGCUGGAGAAGACGAAGCAGAAGGUGAAGAGCAUGGCGAGGGAGCUGUACGACGAUCACUUCAAAGCCGUAGAGAGCAUGCCCCGAGGAGUGGUGGUCACGCUCAGGAACAUCUCCACACAGCUGGAGUCUGCCUGGGAGCUGCACACCAACAGACAGUGUAUUGAAGGGGAGAACACAUGGAGGGACCUGAUGAAAACGGCUCUGGAGAACCUGAUCGUAGUUCUAAAAGAUGAAAACACCAUUUCUCCGUACGAGAUGUGUAGCAGUGGCCUGGUCCAGGCUCUGUUCACCGUCCUCAACAAUAGUUUAGAACUGGACCUGAAACAUGAUUGUAAGCCUUUAAUGGAGCGGAUCAAUGUCUUUAAGGCGGCUUUCAGCGAGAAUGAAGACGAUGAAAGCCGACCAGCUGUUGCCUUAAUUCGUAAACUGAUCGCAGUCCUGGAGUCGAUAGAACGUCUACCUCUGCACCUGUACGACACGCCAGGAUCCUCUUACAACCUGCAGAUCUUGACGAGGAGGUUGCGUUUCCGUCUGGAGAGAGCGCCCGGUGAGACGGCUCUGAUCGACAGAACGGGACGCAUGUUGAAGAUGGAACCGCUCGCCACCGUGGAGUCUCUGGAGCAGUACCUGCUGAAGAUGGUGGCGAAGCAGUGGUACGACUUUGAGCGCUCAUCCUUCGUCUUUGUGAGGAAGCUGAGGGAAGGACAGACUUUCACCUUCAGACACCAACACGACUUUGACGAGAAUGGAAUCAUCUACUGGGUCGGAACCAACGCCAAGACUGCCUACGAGUGGGUGAAUCCCGCUGCCUACGGCCUGGUGGUGGUGACAUCAUCAGAGGGGCGUAACCUCCCGUACGGGCGGCUGGAGGACAUCCUGAGUCGGGAUAGCUCCGCCCUCAACUGCCACACCAACGACGACAAGAACGCCUGGUUCGCCGUCGACCUCGGGCUCUGGGUCAUUCCUUCAGCAUACACCCUGAGACACGCCAGGGGCUAUGGUCGCUCUGCGUUGAGGAACUGGGUGUUUCAGGUGUCGAAGGAUGGUCAGAACUGGACGACUCUCUACACCCACGUAGACGACUGCAGCCUCAACGAACCCGGGUCGACGGCAACCUGGCCUCUGGACCCGUCCAAGGAGGAGAAGCAGGGCUGGAGACACAUCCGGAUCAAACAGAUGGGGAAGAACGCCAGUGGUCAGACCCACUACCUGUCUCUGUCUGGACUCGAGCUGUACGGCACCGUCACGGCCGUCUGCGAGGACCAGCUCGGUAAAGCUGUGAAGGAGGCGGAGGCGAACCUUCGUCGCCAGCGGCGCCUGUUUCGUUCCCAGGUGAUGAAGUACAUCGUCCCGGGGGCGCGCGUCGUCCGCGGCAUCGACUGGAAGUGGCGCGACCAGGACGGCAACCCGUCCGGAGAUGGCACCGUCACCGGAGAGGCUCACAACGGCUGGAUUGAUGUAACCUGGGACUCUGGCGGCUCUAACUCUUACCGUAUGGGCGCUGAAGGGAAGUUUGACCUCAAGCUUGCACCAGGGUACGACCCUGAGUCGGCUGCCACAGCGCCGUCACCCAAACCUGUCUCAUCCACUGUUUCAGGCCCCGCCUCCUCCUCCUCCUCCUCCUCCUCCUCCACCACGGUGGGACCCUCCGCGGCGCCUCCGGCAACGGCGGCGGUGGGCGGCACCACGACCACCACCACGACCUCGUCCUCGUCCUCGUCCACCUCGUCGUCUUCGCAGCAGCAGUCGUGGAGCAGCCUGGUGAGAAAUAACUGUCCCGACAAGGGCGUGGCCGUGGCGCCGGGCGGCGCCGGAUCGUCCAGCCGCAAGGGCAGCAGCAGCUCCGUCUGCAGCGUGGCCUCGUCUUCCGAUAUCAGUCUCGGCUCCUCCGUGGGGCUGUCGGGCGCCGCCGCUGGCGGCUUGCGUCUGGAGAGGCGUGCCGAGGGUCUGCUGCUGGACUCGGUAGCCGGAAUCGGCAUCGGCGUCGGCGUCGGCGUGGGCUCUGAGCCGAUCGUCGUGCUGUCGUCUGCCGAGGGUGGGUCCGGCUCGGUGUCCAGCUCCGGCACGCUCACCGCCGACACGCUCGUUUCCGGCGGCGGCGACGACGACAACGACGCCAGAAACUCGUCCGCUGACCCUGCCGCGGCGAUCUCGAUGGGGCUGGUGAGCGUGAGCUCGCCAGACGUCAGCUCGGUGUCGGAGUCGUCCGGCAAGGACGCGCCCUCCCAGAGGCCGCUGUGCUCGGCGGCGAACGCCCGGCUGUCCGUGAGCUCGCUGCUGGCCGCCGGCGCGCCCAUGAGCUCCAGCGCCAGCGUGCCCAACCUGUCGUCGCGGGAGGCCAGCCUCAUGGAGUCCUUCGUCCGGCGUGCGCCCAACAUGUCGCGCACCAACGCCACCAACAACAUGAACCUGAGCCGCAGCAGCAGCGACAACAACACCAACACGCUGGGCAGGAACGUCAUGAGCACUGCCACUUCUCCUCUCAUGGGUGCUCAGAGCUUUCCUAACCUCACCACCACUGGCACCAACUCCACCGUUACCAUGUCAACCUCCAUAGUAACCAGCAGCAAUAACGUAGCCACAGCAACCACGGGUCUGUCGGUGGGCCAGUUGCUCAGCAACACCCUGACCACCAGCCUGACGUCCACGUCCAGCGAGAGCGACACGGGCCAGGAGGCCGAGUUCUCGCUCUAUGACUUCCUGGACAGCUGUCGUGCCAACACGCUAUUGGCCGAGCUGGAAGAUGAGGAGGACCUCCCGGAGCCGGACGAUGACGACGAUGAGAACGAAGACGACAAUCAGGAGGACCAGGAGUACGAUAAAGGUUUCCUGUGUGUGACGGCUUUUUUUCCCCCGCAGGAGGAGGAGGAGUACGAGACCAAAGGAGGUCGCAGGAGGACGUGGGACGACGACUUUGUCCUGAAGAGACAGUUCUCUGCUCUGGUCCCCGCCUUCGACCCACGGCCCGGCAGAACCAAUGUCCAGCAGACCACUGACCUCGAGAUCCCCCAGCCAGGAACUCCUCGUUCUGAGGUUCAGGAGGAAGUGGAGUGCGCUCCGUCUCCUCACCUCUCUCUCACUCUGAAGGUGUCCGGGCUGGGUACGAGCCGGGAGGUGGAGCUUCCUCUGUCCAACUACAAGUCCACCAUCUUUUACUACGUCCAGCGGCUGCUGCAGCUCUCCUGCAACGGAGCCGUGAAGACGGACAAACUGAGACGCAUCUGGGAGCCCACGUACACGAUAAUGUACAGAGAGCUGAAGGACUCUGACAAAGAGAAGGAGAGCGGAAAGAUGGAUUUAUGUGAACACGGUCUCAGUAUAUCGGGGGGUCGUUCUGGCGGCCAGAGCCCGAGCUCGCUCUCGGCCAAUCAGAGCAGUGAGAUCCUGUGCGUGGCGCGGGAGAUGGCGCAGGCGAAGGCGGGCUGCAGUCAGAACGCCUGCGGGGUCGAGGACGUCCUGCAGCUGCUGCGCAUCCUCUACAUCAUCGGAGGAGACGGAGCCUCCAACGCACGCACUCUGCAGGAGGAUUUUGACGAGCUGCAGUUCAACGCGUCUCCAGAGGAGUUCACCAGUAAGAAGAUCACCACAAAGAUUCUGCAACAGAUCGAGGAGCCUCUGGCUCUGGCCAGCGGAGCUCUGCCCGAAUGGUGUGAACAACUCACCUCCAAGUGUCCUUUCCUCAUCCCCUUCGAGACCCGGCAGCUCUACUUCACCUGCACGGCGUUUGGAGCGUCAAGGGCGAUCGUGUGGCUCCAGAACCGGCGCGAGGCGACCAGGCCUUCGCGGCCGCCCGCCACGGUGCGGCGGGACGACCCCGGUGAGUUCAGGGUGGGUCGGCUCAAACACGAGCGAGUCAAAGUGCCCCGAGGAGCCGCCAUGAUGGAGUGGGCCGAGUCCGUCAUGCAGCUGCACGCCGACAGGAAGUCGGUGCUGGAGGUGGAGUUCCAGGGUGAAGAGGGAACAGGUCUCGGUCCGACUCUGGAGUUUUAUGCUCUGGUGGCUGCAGAGUUCCAGAGAACGUCUCUGGGGAUCUGGCUCUGUGACGAUGACUUCCCCGACGACGAGUCCCGACAGGUUAGCAUGGAGCGCUAAUGACAACCGUCUGGUGGACCUGCCUGUUCGCAGCCGCGUUCCCCUGGACAGCAAGUCCAACAUGAGCAAGCUGCUGUACACGGGCCGGGCUCCAAACUCUUCCACUUCCUGGGCGUCUUCCUGGCCAAGUGCAUCCAGGACAACCGUCUGGUGGACCUGCCGGUGUCGCAGGAGACCUACUUCAAGGCAGCUGCAUGGGCGACAAGUCAAGUUCAACAUGAUCCGCCUGCCAAACCGCCCGCCUGGUACCACGGGAUCCUCACCGCGGACGACUUCCAGCUCGUCAACCCGCACAGGGCGAGUUUCCUGAAGGAAGUGAAGGAUCUGUCGGUGAAGAGGAGGCAGAUUCUGUCCAGUAAGAGUUUAUCUGAAGAUGAGAAGAACACCAGACUGCAGGACCUGAUGCUGAGGAACCCGCUGGGCUCUGGACCACCUCUCAGCAUCGAUGACCUCGGGUUGAACUUCCAGUUCUGCCCGUCCUCUAAGGUUCACGGUUUCUCGGCUGUGGAUCUGAAACCAAAUGGAGACGACGAGAUGGUGACGAUGGAGAAUGCGGAGGAGUACGUCGAGCUGAUGUUUGACUUCUGUAUGCACACCGGCAUCCAGAAACAGAUGGAGGCCUUCAGAGAGGGUUUUAACCGAGUGUUUCCGAUGGAGAAGUUGAGCUCUUUCAGCCAUAAGGAGGUUCAGAUGAUCCUCUGCGGCAACCAAUCACCGUCCUGGACUGCUGAUGACAUCAUCAACUACACAGAACCAAAGCUGGGCUACACCCGAGACAGUCCCGGGUUCACGCGCUUCGUCAGGGUGUUGUGCGGCAUGUCGUCUGACGAGAGGAAGGCGUUCCUUCAGUUCACCACCGGCUGCUCCACGCUGCCGCCCGGCGGCCUCGCCAACCUGCACCCCCGCCUCACCAUCGUCAGGAAGGUGGAUGCCACAGACUCCAGCUACCCGUCUGUCAACACGUGUGUCCACUACCUGAAGCUCCCCGAGUAUUCCUCGGAGGACAUCAUGCGAGAGCGUCUGCUCGCCGCCACCAUGGAGAAAGGCUUCCACCUCAACUGACCUCCGCCCUGCGCCACACUGAGCAUGCUCCUCAAGCCCGUCUCGCCGCCGCUGCCCCGCCCACCUGCCGUGUGACUGACAGAUCAGACGGCCAAUCGGAGCCAGCCGACUGACCACCUGACCGACCGACUGACUGACUGGGGGGGCAGGAGGAGGAAUUAU